AUGCAAAACGAGAUCACAAAACCAACACAGCCGUAUUUUUUCCACCAGGCAUCCACGCCUUCCACCGACCCUCCAUCUCUCACCACUGUUCUUCGACAAACGUCUCUAGCGGCAAUUGAUUCACUUAUUGUUCCCGGAAACAGAGAAGAAGUGUUGCCACAGAUCAGAUCCAUCAUAGCAUCAUACCCUGAUACCCGUGGUGAGCGACUGAUCAAAUACUUGCUGGACAUUGGUUUCGACGAAACAGACCUCAAAGCUGAAUCACGCGAGAUUGCUCUACAGAUUCUCAAGGAAGAGCUCGGAAAAUACACCUCUACGGACGUUUCUCAUCUAGAGUCUUUUGCUGGGCCCGUUUGCGAGUUCCUCAAAAGUUCGCCCAGAUACUCACUAUCGGACAUCUACAAUAAACUUGGUUUAUCCGGGUUCCAGACCGUGUUUGCCACUCUUGAUAUCGAGAACUGCAAAUCUCAACACUGGAAAGAGAUCUCUGAACAAUUCGCUCCUGUCUACCAACAGAGUCUACCAGGUCUUGUUCAACACCUGAACAAUCUAGCAGAGAAGAAUAAUCUUCCAGAAGAAGAGGCGGUUGCGUACGGAAGAUUCCUUAGGUUAUUCCUCAAAUCCAAAGUUUUCACAGCACCCCACAAACUUUUGAUUGUCGAACACCUGGUCAACAUUCUAAAGAAGAACGACAAUAGCAAACUACAUCACUUAGUGCAACAAGAGAUCAACAAUUACUUUUUUGAGUUAGGCAAGAUGGAGUUCAGAGAAGUGCUACAAAAUUUCGAGCCAUCGAAAUUACUUCCUAAUAAAUUGCUCACAGACUUGCUUGCAGCUCAACCUCAGACACAACUGGACGACGCUAUCGCCGUCUUACUGUCAGAGAUAUUAUAUCCUGGUUCGCAGAAAUUGUGUGGUGCCAACACAGACCCCAUCACGGCACUCACUCCAUCUAGCGUUCCGGAGGCAACCGCAAGAGGAGCCCAAAUGGCGAGCAUUAUCAAUAGAUUGAAGACGCAGCCGAACUGGCAAAAUGUGUUCAACCUCGUGCUCCAAAACACCACCACAGCUACGACCAUGACCACUGCAUCGCUAUCCGAAUUUUUGUCUGCAUUAGAAAAGGAAGAUACUAUCGAUUUGUUCCUUUCAACGGCAUGUAAAUCUGUCAAUCCCCAACUGUUGAAAGAUUUGCUGAUUCAAUUGAACUCUCUAGAUCCUAGCCAGGGCUCUAUCAACCUGUUUGACUACAAUUUGGAGCCCAUCCUAUCAUCAGAGGUCAACUCGAGAAAUUUGCUUCUGUAUUUCAAGUCCAUCGUCAAGAUCGAGGUGAAGACCAUUGCCCUUCUCCAAAACGAAAACAUAAAUGACACCGUUGUGAGCAACAUCUUUGCCAGAGAUUACAGAGCUGCUCCAGAGUACAUUGUACUGGCAUGUCUUCAUAUUUUGCACGAUGAGCCAGAGGCCAAGGAGAACGAUGUGAUUGUCAACAUCAUGCAAAACUUUGUUGUUUCGCUACUAGAUGUGAGCUCUCCAUAUUUGAGUGCCAUAUUCACUAAGUUUGAGGAGUUUAAUCCUGUUGAGCUCGGCAAGUUACUGGUCAAAUAUUACGAGGUCAGGAAAUCCACCGAUUCGAUACACAAGAUUGCCAGCCUUACUGCGUCCUUCAAGCGCGACACAGUCAUUAUGUCGAUCUUGUCCAAUUCGGUCGAUUUUAAAGAUGCAUUCUCGUUUGCUAUCAUAUUUUCCCAAUAUGGCUGGAAACGUUUCCAGGAGUUUGUGUUGACUCAGCUUGACAGAAACAUCAGCGUUGUUGCGGGCACAAUCAUCGAAUUCAUGGAAAUUCAAGCCACGCUGGAGUAUGAAAGCGCACAACAGGGCCAUCGACUAGCCAAAUCGCUCAACCUAGAGACAGUUUAUUUUUUGAUGACUACUUUGGCGAGUAAGCAGUUGCCACCAGAGCUGUUUGAAAAAUUCAGGAAUUUGCAGGCUCUGUGCUUGCAAGCCUAUCCUAGAUUGAUCAACUUUGGACAAGGGCACGACACCGCCAUUCUGAUGAACAGCUCCACCAACACGUUUUCCAUUGACGUGGAAAAGGAGAUGAAAGUGUAUUAUCAAAAGAUGUACAACAAGGAGAUUGAGAUAAAAGACAUUAUCAACAUGCUUCAAAGACUGAAAGUCAGUGACAAUCCCCAUGACCAGGAUGUUUUUGCUUGCAUGAUCCACUCCCUUUUGGACGAAUAUAGAUUUUUCCCUGAAUACCCCGUGGAUGCACUUGCAACGACAUCUGUUCUUUUUGGAAGCACCAUCCUAUUCCGACUUGUUGAAGGGCCUGCCCUUUCCAUUGCACUAAGAUACAUCAUUGACUCCGUCAGACAGCCACCUGAAAGCAAGAUGUUCAAGUUUGCCGUUCAGGCCUUGUACUCAUUCAUGAAACGUCUCGGCGAGUUUCCAAAGUUCUGUGCUAUGCUUUGCGAAAUUCCUGCUUUAAAGAGCCAGCCUCAGCUUUACGAAGCAUGCAAAACGGUUGCAGCCGGUGGAUCACUACCAUCCGUUUCACCACAAGACUCCAACGCCCAUCUUGCGACUCCGCACCAGAAGGCCAAGGAGCUCGACCCGUCCGUAUAUGUUUCCAAAUGGGUUUCUAUUCAAGUGCCUGGGAAAAUUAUCGACGAUGUCAGACAAGAGAGUCCUGCAGCAGAGACUCUGGAUAGGGUGCUAUUUAUGGUGAACAAUCUAACAGAUGACAACGCCAACACGCGUUUGAUGGAGUUGAAGGAGCUCCUUGACGCAAAGUAUUUCGAAUGGUUCUCCAAUUAUCUGGUCAACCAGCGUGCCAAGUUGGAGCCAAAUUAUCAUGCCUUAUAUGGACGUAUUGCCGAGCAUUUUGAUUCCACGUUGUUUGAUGCACAUCUAGUCCAAGCCACCUUUCAGCAAAUUGUGCUACUACUGAACAAGGCUCGCGAAUCUACCGAGCCUGAGGACAUUGCGGAUGUUUUGACCUCCACUGAAAGAUCGCAUCUGAAGAAUUUGGGUGCAUGGCUUGGCCGUUUGACGCUGACUCGCGACAAGCCUAUCUUACACAAACACUUAUCGUUCAGAGACCUGUUAACGGAGGCUUACGAUCACAAGAAAUUGGAGAUUGUGAUUCCGUUUGUCUGCAAAAUCAUUGACCAGACAAAGUCGUCUAAGGUUUUCGAGUACCCAAACCCGUGGUUAUUGGGAAUCCUGCAACUUUUGAAGGAACUAUAUGAUGUUGCUAAUUUGAAAUUGACUCUCAAGUUUGAAAUCGAAGUUGUGUGCAACUCUUUGAAGGCCGAUCUUAACAAAAUCGAGGCCACCACUACAAUUAGAAAUCACAAGCCAGGGGAACUGGAGCGUUUUGUGGAGUCCCAAAAGGUGAUAAUCAAGCUUGCAAGAAUGUCUUUAGAAGACUCCAAGUCAACUCCACAUGCUCUUGCGGGCAACCCAGCCACGCCUCUAGCCAACCUUAACCCUUCUGUGCUGGCUGCUCCUCAGGGUGCUCCGCAAGCUGCCCAGCAACAACUGAAUGUUCUCCAUCAACUGCAGCAACAACGUCUCAUGGCCACUGCACAACAACAACAGCAUCUGCAGUCCGAAAUCCCUGGUGCCCCAGUUUCCUCGUCGAGCUCACCUGCAGUCAACAGCAACGUGCCAACUUCUGGCCAAGGUGCUGCACAACAGCAAGGUUCUGCAUUUGAGAACUUGAAUGGAAACUCUGUGUUUGUUACGCAUCCAAACCUGAGAAGAUUGUUCCAGUUUGCGAUUACCAAGGCGGUGCGUGAGAUAUUGCCUCCUGUGGUGAGCAGAACAAACUCUGUUGCUCUCGUGACCACGAAGUCUUUGGUCUUAAAGGAUUUUGCAUUUGAGGUGGACGACCUGAAGCUCAGAAAGGCUUACAUCAACACAGUGAGACAUCUUUCGGAGUCUCUCACUCACGCUUCAUGCAGAGAUUUGCUGAGGGAGAACAUUCAGCUGAAUUUGCAUCAAUACAUCAGCUCUCUAGGCCAACAAAUUGAUACCGCUAUAUUAGAAGAUCUGCCAAGAGCUAUUAAUGACAACUUGGAUUUGGCGUGCUCUAUCAUCCAGAAGGCUGCAAUGGAGAAGUCUGUGCAGGACCUGGACGAAAUGAUGCUGCCAUCUAUUGCUUUGAGAAGACAAUUCAGAGACUCCAGACCGGAUCAGGCCUUCUGUGACACUCAGCACGCUUCGAGAUAUGCUAUGUCUCUUCCUGACCCAUUAGGAAUCAAACCCAACGGAGUCACUGCCAAACAGUUUUCAAUCUAUUCUGAAUUUGGAAAACCAAAGAACGGCACCACUCUUGCAGGUUUGAGUGCAACGCUUGCUGCUGCGGGUGGCAUAGCCCCAGGAAUGGCUUCAGAGGCCGUUGCUACACCUCCUUCUGUGAACGCAGGUGUUGACCAAGCCGCCAUUGCUCAGAGAAUCUUGCAGCUACAAGCACAGGGUCUACCAAGUAGCUCUGCUGUUCGUACAGCAGGUAGCCCCGCGGAUGCUGCACACGCGCAUUUACCUGGUGAACAACCACAACGUACUUUGGAGCAGUCUUUCAUUUACAUCCAGCAGCUAUUAGAGGCGGUUGUGAAAUCAAUAGAAGAGACUCCAGAGAAGGAAAUUCAUUUGAGGGAGAUUGCCAUCGACCAUCCUUUGAGAUCCUAUCUGACCGAGCUAAUCCAACUUCUGGGCAGGUUGAACCACAACGAGUUGCAAAUGAAGAUUGCACAGGUGGUGAUGAACACCCUGUUCAGUGUACAGAAUGCUUCGCAGCUGUUUGUGGAGGCUUUCAUUUUCCUUCUUGACAAGUCCUGUGAGCUCUCUUCACACGUUGCCAAGUUCGUUACCACCUGGUUGAUCAACGCUGAAGACCCUAGGAAGUUCAAUAGAAAGGUCAUGGCUUCGCUCGUCCAAAUAGGAAUGAUUUCUCUAAGCGAUCUGGAUUUGAGUAUUUCCAAGACGCUUGUCAGCAAGAAGGAUGAGGCAGUGCUCAAUUUUGCGUCCGGCUUGGUUCUCGACAUGGUGUUUGGAGCAACUCCUACGGCCUUGAGAUCCGACUUCACCAAUAUCAUUGCUGCUGUGAAGUCUCUGGAUAAGGAGAUUGUGGAUAAGAGUGUCUUGGCUCAAGAACUCAUCAAACAUUUGGACAACAAGGUUGACUUGCAGACAGAGAAAUUCAAGACGUUGAUUCACGACCCAACCAAGCUUAAAGACUAUUUUGCCUACAUUUUUGCCGAGUGGGUCAAGUUGCUCAAAUUUGAAAGUUCUUCCAAGGAGAUGCAGCUGGAUUUCCUCAAUCAGCUUUACGAUCUUGGUGUGCUGACCAAACCAGACCACUUUGUUCUAUUCUUCACCACUGCCAUGGAGAUGUCUGUCAUUUCGUUUGUGAAAGAGAGCGAUGCCUCCAAGAAGCUGGUCGUUGAGUCAUACACUGCCAUUGAUGCGUUUGCAGAGCUUGUCAUCCAAUUGGUUCUCAUUCAGGACGACACGGCGGGUUCUCGCGUGAACUUCUUCAAGUCUGCGCUCUCUGUGGUUCUUUUGGUCUUUGCUCAUGAUCAUGAGGCCAACAAGGCCAACUUCAACGAGCGACCAUACUUCAGAUUUUUCUCUACACUUUUGUGCAACUGGGCAACUUUGACUCAUGAGAACUAUGACUCUGUUGCAGAGAACGAAUCGGACGUCAAGAAGCUCAGCAAGUUCAACGUCAAGUUCUACCACGUUCUAUCCGACUUCUUCCUAGCCCUGCAACCAGACGCCUUCCCAGGCUUCACGUUUGCCUGGGUUUGUUUGAUAUCGCAUCGUAUGUUCCUUCCAAUCAUUCUGGAGCUAGAAGAGGACUCGGAAGCCAACCAUGCCAAGUUUGCAUCGCUUUUGGUGGCCUUGCUCCGUUUCGAGAGCACUUACGUCAGAGAAAGACAGCUUCCCGAGGCUAUUUCUGUGGUCUACAAAGGAACACUGCGUGUGUUCCUCGUUCUGUUGCACGAUUUCCCACAGUUUUUGGUGGAGUCUGCCAACGUUCUGGUGAGUGCAAUGUCCCCGUCGUUUGUCCAACUGCGGAACGUGGUUCUUUCUGCUGCUCCGCCCAAGAUGGAGAUUCCGGAUCCGUUCCAGCCUGGACUUAAGGUAGACAGACUACCAGACAUUGUUGUGUCUCCUCCGAUUCUGAGUCAUCCAGGCCUGAUUUUGCAAGAGAAAAACCUCAAGAAGCUGGUGGACUCUUAUCUCCGUAUGCCUUCGCCAACGACACUAAAGCAAAUUGUGACAGCACUGGAGCUAUCAGAGCCGGUUGCGGAGGCAGGCAUAGGCUUCAAACAAACAAAGUUCAACGCUAAGCUGGUCAAUGCCUUGACGCUGUAUGUUGGCAUCUGUGCCGUGGAGGAGCGUGCAAAGAGCGGCGUGGCCUUCAACCCAAAAUCCGUGCAUGUUGGAAUUCUGAGCUCGCUGAUCCAGGAGGGGCCUGUCGAGCUGCAGUAUUUGCUGCUACAAGGAAUCGUGAACAGCCUGCGGUAUCCAAACGCACACACCCACUGGUUCAGCUGUGUGGUGCUGCACUUUUUCGGCUCGACUUCGUUAUGGGGAACGAACAAGACCGACAUCCAGCAGCUGAUCACCCGUGUGCUCCUGGAGCGCAUCGUGUGCAACAAGCCGCAUCCAUGGGGCCUGUUGAUCACGUUUACUGAGCUGCUGAAAAACAGCGAGUACGCGUUCUUUGACCUGCCGUUCACCAAGACCAGUCUCGAGUACGAGCGGCUGUUCAAUUCAUUACUGUUGUACAUUAAGAACUCGCCGAACGCGAGCUAA